AUGGAACAAGAUUUCAUGGAAUUUAAGAAGAGAAGUGUUGAAAAGAUAGAUGCCCUGAAGCAAAAGAAUGGCAAGCUAGAGAGGAAGAUAGAGGUUGAGGGAGUAAUCGACAAAUCAAAGGAGAAGGAAAUCCUUGAUAACAAUAAUUCAGUGCACAAAACUGUAUAUUGUGUUUGCACUGACAAUGAAACCAAAAAGGAAGUCGUCAACACCCCUUUAUGGAUGUUAUUGGAGCAGCAGAGAUGGGUAGCUAACCAAAGCAAAUGUGAGUUUGGAAAGCAGCAGAUCGGAUAUCUAGGCCACCUGAUAUCUGAAAGGGGUGUUGAGAUGGACAAGGAUAAAAUCAAGGAGUUGUUGGAGUGGGAAGAACCGAAAAAUUUGAAGGCCUUAAAAGGUUUUUUGGGCCUAACAGGGAUUGUAUUCUUGAUUGACUGUAUUCACAUGGAAUGUGACGCAUCCAGGGUUGGUGUGGGGGCUGUGCUAAUGCAGAAUAGGAAACCCAUUGCAUUUUUCGGCAAAGCUCUGUCAGAGGGAUCAUUAAGUAAAUCUAUAUAUGAAAAAGAGUUCAUGGCCUUGGUAAUGGCCAUUAAACAUGUGAGGCCAUAUCUACUUGGACGGAGGUUUGUGGUGCAUACAGAUCAACGUAGCCUGAAGUACCUGUUGGAACAGAGAAUCACGACUCACAGUCAGCAGAACUGGAUAGCCAAGCUCAUGGGUUACGACUUUGACAUUGUAUACAAAAUAGGGAGCUCGGAUAAGGUUGCUGACGCCCUAUCUAGAAAAGGGGAAAAAGGUAUUGAGGAACUAGAAUUGCAGGCUAUCUCCAGACCGUAUUGGCAUGAUUUCCGAGAAGUAUUGAAGGAAGUAGAAGAGGAUGAGUCACUAAAGAAAAUAGUUGAUGAGAUCAAGAGGGACCCGAAUUGCCACGCAUCAUAUACUUUGGAGAAUGACAGGCUUCACUACAAAGGGAGGUUGGUGCUUUCGGCUAAAUCUAUCUGGAUCCCCAAAUUAUUAGUGGAAUUUCAUGUGACAAGCACAAGGGGACACUCAGGGCAUAAAUAUAUGGUUGCAUCUCCCCAAGCUUUAUUACAGCCCCUGCUGAUUCCUCAGACAGUGUGGGAAGAGAUGCAAGGAACCCAGCUUAAAAUGAGCAUUGCCUACCAUCCUGAGACUGAUGGUCAAACAGAGGUCUUGAAUCGCAUUGUGGAAGGAUAUUUGAGAUGUUUCUGCUCAGAGCAACCCAAAAGCUGGAAGAUGAUGCUGCCUUGGGCUGAAUACUGGUACAAUACUAGUUAUCAGGGGGCGGCAAGGUGCUCCCCGUUCGAGAUUGUGCAUGGCCGGGCUCCACCGUCCUUGAGUAGAUUCGUUCUAGGGGAGACAGCGGUGGAAACGGUGGCUCAAGACUUAAUGACGAGAGACGAGGCUCUGAGACAAUUAAAAUUCCAUCUACGUCGGGCACAUGAUUUGAUGGCUAACCAGGCGAACAAAAGAAGGAGAGAAAUGGAUAUUAAAGUGGGAGACUGGGUCUACUUGAAAAUUAGACCCCAUAGACAAUCUUCUAUGCCUAUGCGGUUACAGCCCAAGUUAGCAGCUCGAUGUUAUGGACCAUUCCAGAAAGCGGUGGGGAAGAAGAGAAUAGAAAAGGAGCUCCCUGCCGAGCUACAAGCAGAGGGACCCACCUAUUGGCCAGUGAGAACUCUAGAGAAGAGGCAAAGGCAGUAG